AUGGGUGCCAGCUGUCAGGAUCAGAAGAAAGCGCUAGCUAUAUGCCUACAAAGAUCCCCUUGUGUCUUGAUCGAAAGGCACACUCCUAAGGAAUGCUUGACUGACCCGCUGUUGAAGAAAGAAUUACCUGAACUAUGCGCCGCUCAUUUCAGAGCAUUCAUGGAAUGCAAAACUGGAAUGUUUGACAUGAGAAAAAGAAUGAGAGGAAAUGCUCCGUUGUCCACAGGGAAGUAUGAUGAGACUUACGAGAAUCUCUCCUCCGGUAACUUUGAUGCACAUGAGGAGUUGAGGAAGUUGGAGGUUUUGAAUAGAAACUUGGCGAAACAAAGAGAAGCAAGAGAACAUCAAAAAAGUCUCGAGCAAGAAGAUUAG